UAAAUGCAUUAUUUUCUGUUUAAGAAAGAAGCAUCAGCAGACUGAUACCUACACCCACAUCACUGUCGUAUUCUGUAAGGGCAUAUGCACAAAUGACGCGGCUCGCAAAUCGGCUUUUUAUGACCCAUUUUAGCGAUGGCACUUGACGCUAACCGCUAACAUUAGCUAGCUCGCUAACGUAAAUAACAUUUCCAGACGCUAGUUAGCUCCACGAAACAAAAUGAAGCGCACGGGGAGGAGACGAAGCUCUGUGUGGGACUGCUUUGAACAAGUGGGGAACUUCGUCCGCUGCAUGAAAUGUGACGCUACGUUGAAGUACUGCGGCGGAGCCACCAGCUCCAUGAUGAACCACAUGAGCAGGCACCAUCCGUCCACUGCGCCCAUAGACGAGGAUGAGAAACCGGUGAUUUGCACCGUUCAGUGCAUGGAGGAGGAGAGCGCCGCUAAUUCAGACGUCAUGCAGGUUGCCAUCAUGCCACCUAAUUUAAAUAUGACUGCCAACCCCCCUGAGCGGGACUAUGGAGAGAGGAAGCGCCUGAAGCGGAGCUCUGUGUGGGACAUUUUCAUCAAAGUGGACGACGAGGUGCACUGCACGAUGUGCGACACAAAGCUGAAAUACAGGAGCAGCACCACCAGCAUGAUGUACCACAUCAAAAACAAGCACCCGGACACCAUGCCCAAUGAUGGGGUGUCGCUGGCAACACAUGCAGAGGUGACUGAGCUCAUCUCCAGGAUGAUAGAGAAGGACAUGCUUCCCAUCAGCGUGGUGACUGGUGAUGGUUUUCGUGAGCUGCUUACACACACUGUGCAUAAUUAUAAAAUGCCAUCUCCUGGUGAUAUAGCACGCCUUGUUGAGGGCCAUUUUCAUGAGAAGGUGGAGGAGCUUGUGCUGCAGCUGAGCAGAGUGGAGAAAGUGGCUCUCACUGCUGACUUCUGGACAGCCCUCCCAUACCAGAGGUACAUCACAGUUUUCUGCUCAUUCAUAACAGAGGACUGGCAGGGGAGGUCAGCUGUGCUGCAGACACACAAGCUAUCAUCAGACGGCCACCUUACUACUGACAGUGUCACAGAGCGGCUUCUCAGCACUGUGCAGUCCUGGGGUAUUGCUGGGAAAGUGACGGCAUGUGUUCAUAACAACACACAGAACAUCCUGUCGACACAUGCGUGUGCCCGUGUCACCUGGGACUAUGCAACUUGCUUUGCCACCACAUUGCAGCUAGCAGUGAGUGAUGGGCUGAGUGAGGAUCUAGUCCGCAUCAUCGUCGCUGCAGGGAAACUAGUUAAGCACUUCAAUCACAACUUGCUGGCAAGUGAGGCCUUGGAGCAGAAGCAAGUUCAGAUGUGCCUGCCACAGCACAAGCUCAUCCAGUCGAGCAAAGCUAGAUGGGACACAAUCUGUGAUAUGUUUGAACGGUUACUUGAACAGCGGUGGGCAAUUAAAGCGGUGCUCUCUGAUCGCACAAUCACCAACAGACAGGAGGCCCAGAUCCUUGAGAUCGAAGACGAUUGCUGGCAAAUCAUUGAGAAUUUCACACCUGUGCUGGCAACGCUGAAAUGGGCAACGACGGUCAUAUCUGCGGAAACUGAAGUGUCCAUUUCAAACAUCUACCCAAUCACGUUCAGCCUCAUUCAGACCCACCUUGUGCCAAAGGAGAAUGACGUUGAGCAAGUCUCUGAGUUCAAGCUGAAAGUUCAGAAAUCACUUAGAAAUCACAUGGAGGUUGACUCUAAUGAUCUCGCCUCCAAACCAGCUCUUAUUGCCUCGAUGCUGGACCCUCGACACAAACACCUCAGCUUCCUGACCCCAACAGGGAGGCUGGCCGCAAAGGUUAAACUGCAUGAACUGGUUUCAAAAUUAGAUGUGAUCACAACUACUGUGGGCGCAAAGGAUGAACAGCAGGAGAUCCUGGUCACACCUGACAUCAGCCAGGUGACUAUGCCCUCACAACUGAGAAGCGACACCAAAAACACUAUGAUGCUGCUUCUAGGUGACAACUACAGCUCAUCCUAUGCCACGGACUCGGAAGCUCAGGUAGAUUACUACUUGAGAGACAUUGCUCCCUCACUGGACAUAAACCCGCUUGACUGGUGGAGGGUAAAUGGACCGAGAUUUCCCAAACUGGCCACUCUGGCGAGACACUAUUUAUGUAUACCUGGAGUAUCACUACCGUCUUUAUUGUCCGAGGCUGGACAAACUUUUGCAACGAUGCGUACAAGACUGAACCCAGAGCAUGUCGACAUGAUGAUCUUCGUUAACAGAAAUGCGUAACUUGCAUGACCAAACAUGAUGGAGAAGUGCACUGAUUUCCUAUACCAAUUAUAAGGUUACUGUAAGGUGCUAGGGGGCAAGUUAGGUAUAGACAUUACAGGAGAGAAGAUGGGGAAGAUGGCAGGUACUCUUAACUGUUGGUAUGUUGUAAAUGCUGGUGCGAAUAAGGCUACAAAAUUCUUCUUUUUUUUUUUUCUGUCAAUGAAAACUUUUCCCUCAACAGUGACUGUGAGCUGCAGUCAAAUACCUAACUAUAACUUACCUAUAAAUUAAGUUCCCAUCAUUAAAACACAGUGAUUUGUCUCAUCACCUCUCUGGAUGUGACCCUCCUGGCUUUAAAAAGGGGACACUUAGCCAAUGGGGACAUUAAGUCAGAAAUAUCUGAGUAAAUGUCACUGCAAAUCCUUCUCAUUCUGCAUCAAACAUCAGACAUACCCAACCAUCUAAUAGGCUGCUAACAGUUUAACCUUUACCUUAACACAGGUAUUUCAUCUACAAAUCAGAGUUAAACUCACCAGUAAAAUUUGAAACACUGAAGAAGUAAUAUCACUAGUCUGUUCUUUUGUUAGCAUGACAGUAUAUUGGAUAUUUGUAUUAUCAACACAGCAAGAAAUUUGCUGACCAAACUAAUUAACUGUAUUAUUGUGAUUGUCU